AUGCGGCAAGUCGGGCCCCAGGGGUACUAUUUGGCAACAGCACAUAAUGAGAAUCGCGCUCGGCCAAUUGCGUCUUGCUCUCAGUAUGGCGGAUGCGUCGCCACUGUCUUGAAUUUGGUGGCACAUCGAGCCAAGUCAUGUGGUAGGGACCCGUCCAAGUUGGGAAGGUGGGCGUACGUGCGCCUUCGAGGCAAGAAGUUUGAUAUGCCAUCCUCGGAUAACCAAGUCAACAAGGCUGCCGAUGCGUCACAUAGCCGGUUCUCUAAAGACUUGGUGGUUGUCUCCGCGUACCGGCCAAACCCCCCGGGUAAGGGCGAAUCUACGGUAUGGGCGCAACACCGCAGCUUCUUCCGCUCUCAAGGCAGACAGCGUGAUCCAAGGGAGGCGUUUAUGGUGGACCUUUUACGUGCAAUCACCCAAUGGCGCGACGAGGGGUGCGAAGUGAUUGUGGGCGUGGAUGCUAACGAGGAUGUCUCCUCAUACCAGGAUUCCUCUUUUCGCCAGCGACUUCGUAGCAUAGGAUUGGAGGAAGCAAUCCUACAACGUCAUCCAAGUCGAACUGCAGCAACCCAGCAUCGCAACAAACGUGGCAGACCCAUUGAUGGGAUUUUCGCAACUUCCGGAGUGGUGAUUAAAGCGGGUGGCUACUACAACUUUGAUGAAUUUUUCGCCUGUGAUCAUCGCGGUCUGUGGAUUGAUAUUGAUUUGGAACGGUCUCUUGGCAGCUAUCGUCCGGAGAAGACACCAUAUAAGCCUCGCAAAUUAACAAUGCUUGACACUGCGGCUGUUCGACGCUAUCUCCGGCUGGUUCACCAAGGCUAUGACGUGUACUCCAUUCCAUCGCGGUUGGAGCAGCUUCAUAGACAAUUAACAUUAAACAGUGGGAUUAUGACUGAGAAAAUGGGACGCCAGUAUAACUGCUUGCACAAGCAGAUGUACGAUAUUCGUCGGAAAGCGGAAGCGAGGUGUCGAAGGGUUACAAAUGGGGCUGUUCCGUGGUCUCCUCAGAUCCAAAACUUUUGGGACCGCCAGUCCCUCUGGAAGCUACUGCUGAAGGGAAGGAAGCAAUGUCGAGUCAGCUCGCGGAAAAUCCGUCGCCUUAUGAAGAAGACUAAGUUGCCCGACGCGUGGAAGAAGACUACAGUUGAAUUGGAGACGGCAUUGCGUAAUGACAGGAAGGAGUACCUGCAUGCCAAGAAAAACCACGCGGUUUCAUGGCGCAAGGAGUUCUUGACUGUUCAAGUGAAGAAAUCUAAGAAGAAACAAUGGACAUCGCGCAAGGCUAGGGAUCGCUUUUUGAGGUUACGGCGGAUGAAGCAACGAGAGGAGGCGAGACGCCGCCGCCGCGCCCAGUCAAAAGGAUCUACCGGCGGUUUGCAAGCGAUUCAAGUUGAGGAGACGUUACCUACCGGACAAGUGGAUCUGCGAAUUCUCACCGACCGGAGACAAGUCGAGCAAGGGUGCAUGCAGGAAAAUCGCGCACGGUAUGACCAGACUCGAUCGCCCUAUACGACUCCUCCCAUGGACGAACCUUUGUAUUCUAUGUUCACCGGGGCAGACGCAGAGCGGAACUCUCACGCACUUCUGGAAGGCCGCCUUCCCAUGCUGGAGGGGAUCGAUCCUUACACUAAGUCAUUCCUGGAGCAGUGCCGUUUCCAUCAAGGGCACUCUAUGAUCCCGAUGGAAGUGUCGCCGGCCGACCAUACUUACUUCUGGUCCCGGAAUCCAGAGAAUAAGGGCUCGGAACCGCAUGGGCUUCAUAACGGUCAUUUCAAGGCUGGGAUUGAUUCCCCCAUGGUGGCCCAAUGCGACGCUCUCUUCCGCCACAUACCCUUGACAACUGGGUUUGUCCCAGACAACUGGCGGCAUCUGAUGAAUUUUGCCAUUGAAAAGAAGCCAGGCGACUUUCGGCUGACAAAAAUGCGUACAAUUCAGCUCAUGAAUUCUGAAUCCCAAGCGAACUACAAGAAACUGGGCCGCCUGGCCAUGGCCUACGGCGAAGAACAUCACCUCCUGGCCGAUGGACAUUGCGGGUCUAGAAAGCACCAUCAAGCGAUUGAUCUUGCCCUGUCUAAACGUCUUGUGUGGGACCUUCUGAUUCUUCAGCGCCGCUCUGCGGGCUGUAAUGAGAGCCUCAACGCUCUAGCCACCUCUGGAGUAUACUGA